UACUCCAUUGGAUAGCACUAUAGCAGAACUGUUCAAACGCUCCUCUUAAAUCUCACUACCUUUGAAUGGAACAAACUGACCCAGUAAAUACUGGAUCUCCAUAACAUACUCCCAUCUCCAACAGAUCAAAAACCUGACUUUCAGCAAGAGAAAACAUCUGUCAAAAUUGCUGUUACAUGUGUCAAGCAAUGUAUGGUUUUCAAGAUCUAUAAAUCUGAGGGAACUGUGAGGUCUCCAUAUUCAGGAUUCAUUCUUUGAACAAUUCUUGCAUUUCUUUGAACAAUACUUGCAUUUUUUGUCUUACACAAAGCAUUUGAAGAAGAUGGACAGCUCCCAGAAGGCAAGUAACCAAGCUGGCCAGGCCAAGGGCCAGACCGAGGAGAAGGGAAACCAGAUGAUGGAUAAGGCCAGCAAUGCUGCCCAGUCUGCCAAAGAAAACAUGCAGCAGGCCGGUGAGCAAGCGAAAGCUAAAGCGCAGGAUGCUGCUGAUACAGCCAAGAAUGCAACUGGGAUGAACAACUGAAGGCCUCAAUGAUGAUGGAUCGUCGCUUUUCAAUAACCCCUUAGCUAUUUUUUUUUGAAUCAAUUAGUGAUUUCCUUUCUAGCUUUUUUGGGUUCGGCAGAUUAUUUAUGCUCCUCUUUUGGAGAUGCAGCCAAGUUGUGUCAUGUUUGUCUUUUGAACAAACCCUAGAGAUCUCUCUUUGAGUUCUCCCUUCAUAAAUGGAGUUUUUGUUACAGAAGUAAUGAGAUGAUAUUUGAUGAGAA